UUGUGGUUGUUGUUUCAUUUGGAAUUUCAUACCCAAGUCCUUCCAUACAUGAAAUUUAACAAGUUCACUACCCUUUAAGGCUCUAUAGUUGGUUCUUAAUGACUCCCAAUUUCUUCAAAGUCUCUGAAUAUUGUCUUAAAUCCCCCUUGCUCUUAAAUUCCCAUGGAUGCUUCAUUGCCUCCAAUGAAACUGCAAGAAAACGGUGAUGGGGCAUUCAAAUCCGCUGGGGAGAUCAUCCUGCAAUGGGAGUCAAGAGGGGCAAGAAAGGAACACCUCUUUGGAGGCAGCCGCCAAGAAAUUGAUGAAUACUUGCAAGCAGUGUAUGAGAUUCAACGAUCAAUAUCGAGCUCCAUGUCUGAAGAUCAAAGCAGAGCCAAAAACUUCAUGAGUAUUGCCAUGGCUCGGUUAAUGGAAGAGUUUCAUGUCGUUUUAAUCAGCCCCAAGAGUUCAAUAGGAACCCAUUGGUUACCCGGUACAAGUUCUCUUUAUUGGAGUUCAAUGAGUACAGUCUGUGAGUUACAAGACUAUCAUCAUCAACUGAAUGAAGAAUCCAUCCGUGAUCUCAGGAAUAUUGCAGAGAUGAUGAACUCUGCCGGAUAUCUUCAUGUGUGCGUUCAGGUUUAUGUAAGUGUUUGGAAGUCUUUCAUGGACAAAAGUUUUCAACGGUUUGGCAUUGAGCAUAUAAGCAUUGCUGGUGUCAAAAGGAUUCUUUGGGAAGAAUUGGAGCUUAAAAUCAGACGAUGGAUGCAAGCAGCUAAUUGUCUCCACAUUUUCUUUGCAAGGGAGAAGCAACUCCGUGAGCAAAUCUUUGAAGGUAUUGCAGACGAAACGUGUUUUAUGGAAAUGUUUAAAGAGCAUGCAAUUCUGUUGGUGUUGCUCAACUUUGCACAAGUUGUGAGUAGUGUUAGUCCCCGUCCUGAGCAGUUGUUCAGGAUUUUAGACCUCUACACUACACUGUCGGAUCUUUCGCCUGAAAUCUAUGCUGUUUUCAACUCAAAAUCACUGGAGUCUAUCCGUAUUCAGGCUGCUGAAACACACAUUCAAGUUGCUGAAGCAGCAAGAGGGAUGCUGUCAGAAUUUGAGAAUGCGGUGCUUCAUGAGGUGUUAAAGGUUCUUGCGCCUGAGGGGACAAUUCACUCCUUGGCCAGAUAUGUAAUGAAUUGUAUGAUCCUUAUGGCGUCUACUUACAGGAAAACUCUAACUGAAUUGAUUGUGUCGAAGCCCUCAAUAGGUUUGAGCUAUUCUGGUGAAAUGAUGAUUAAUAUGGAAUUUGUGGAACUUGAUUGGCAUACUCCGUUGGCACUCCAUUUUAUUUGGAUAAUUGUGGUUUUACAAUUCAAUUUGGAGGGCAAGUCCAAGGGUUAUAAAGACGCCUCUCUGGCACAUUUGUUCAUGAUGAACAAUGUUUACUACAUUGUUCAGAAAAUCAAUGGGUGCAGAGAAUUGCGAGAGAUGACGGGAGACAAUUUUCUGUGUUUAUAUUUUGGAGAGAAUAGUUUGAAAGGUAAGCUAAAGAGAUUCUAUGCCAUGUUUGAAAGAGCUCACGAGACUCAAGCGAAAUGGUUGGUUUUGGAUUUGCAGCAGCGGGAGGAGCUUCAUCUAUCCAUAUUGAACAAGUUGAUUCCGAGUUACAAGUCAUUUAUGGAUCGGUUGCAUGGAAUGUAUGGAAAAAGAUCAGAUAAAUACAUCAAGUACACGGUUGAGGAUCUAGAGAAUGCAAUCUCGGAUUUCUUCGAGGGUCAUCCAGUAUCCAAGAAAUUGAGGACAUCUCAAUCGAAAGGGAAGAAAUGUGGAAUAAUUCCAUGAGUUGGAAGCCAAGACACAAUCUUUCAGUUUCCUAGAACUGUGUUUCGGUCAGUGUUGCUUUCAGGAACUCUGUAUUUUUAGAACUACCAGUCAGUCGAUUAGAAAAAUCAUCGAAAUGGAAAGAUCAGGUAAAGCCGUCAGGAUGACUGAACCCCCAUAGUUUAAUCCUUUUGUAUAGAAGCAUGUUGUUUGUUUUGUUGCUGUGGUGUAUAUUUGUAUCAUCAGUAGCUCAGUUCAGUUCAAUAUUUAUACAUUUUGAAGGAGUUGAUGUCCCGCUAUUCAUUA